AGAAUAGAAAGCUAAUCAAUCGACUGGACGCAGUCCAAAAGCCACCAACCUGUAUUACCAGCAUGUCUGUCCGGAGGAACGUGCGUCUGCGCCGCGAGUACCUGUACCGCAAGGGCCUCGAAGGGAAAGAACGUGCGCUGUAUGAGCACAAGCAGCAGCUGAAAGAGGCCAUACGCAGUGGCAAGGCCAUCCCGACGGAGCUGCGCAGCGUUGAGUCCAAACUUCGCCAUGAGAUGGAAUACGACGACGAGGCCCACGAGAAGCCGCUCAACCACAUCGAUGACGAGUACAAGAACGCGGGUAUGUUCGACCCAAAGAUUGCCAUCACUACGUCGCGUGACCCGAGCUCGAGACUCAAGCAGUUUGCACAGGAGCUUCGCCUCAUCUUUCCCAACGCCAUUCGUCUCAACCGUGGUGCGCACACUAUCGGAGACUUGGUGGAGAGCGCCAGAUCCAACGACUUUACAGAUCUGCUACUGGUCACGGAGACCCGUGGUGAACCAGACGGUCUGGUGGUGUGCCACUUGCCUUACGGUCCGACGGCCUAUUUCUCGCUGAGUAACACUGUGUUGCGUCACGAUAUCGAAGACCGUGCUACGAUCUCGGAGGCGUAUCCUCACCUCAUCAUCAACCAGUUCGAGACCCCGCUAGGAAAGCGCGUUGCCAACAUCCUGAAGCACUUGUUCCCAGUGCCCAAGCCGGAUGCUAAGCGCGUUAUCACGUUGUCCAACGACAACGACUUUGUGUCGUUCCGUCACCACGUCUUCAAGGUGACAGGACGCGAGGUGGAGCUUCAAGAGUGUGGCCCUCGCUUUGAGCUGCAAUUGUACCAGGUGAAGCUUGGCACGCUCGACCAGAAGGAAGCGGAGAACGAGUGGGUCUUGCGGCCGUACAUGAACUCCGCCAAGAAGCGCCGUGUGUUGUAGACCUGCUGUCAAUUGCCAGUACGCACGCUCAUUUUGCUGAAAUAGAUGCUUUUUUUGUUUUUACUUGUCAAAGCACAGCGUCUGGUGCUGUUAUCCAUUAUCGAGCUUCGCUACACCACAAGACACGCUCUUCUACUUCGCUUACAGCGACACAUUGAUUUCCGCCUGCAGGAAAGAAUCGCCAGGGAUACGAGCAA